AUGGGUUCUAAAACCAAUCCAUCGGGCCAUAGAUCACGAAGGCCACUGUCAAUAUUUGCUGUGCUUGGUCUCUGCUGUUUCUUUUAUCUUUUGGGAGCAUGGCAAAGAAGUGGGUCUGGGAAGGGAGAUAAUCUUGCAUUGAAAGUUAAUAAGCUGAUGACAGACUGCACUGUUUUACCCAAUUUGAGUUUUGAAUCCCAUCACAAUGAUGUAGAAAUUUUUGAACCUUCUGAGCCAAAAGCUAAAGUAUUCAAGCCAUGUGAUGUAAAAUUUAGAGAUUAUACACCUUGCCAAGAGCAAGACCGAGCGAUGACAUUCCCAAGGGAGAACAUGAUCUAUAGGGAAAGGCAUUGUCCCGCUGAAAAGGAAAAAUUGCGCUGCCUCAUUCCAGCCCCUAAAGGGUACACAACUCCUUUUCCGUGGCCUAAAAGCCGUGAUUAUGCCUACUAUGCUAAUGUUCCUUACAAGAGCCUGACAGUGGAGAAGGCUGCUCAAAAUUGGGUGCAAUUCCAGGGAAAUGUGUUUAAAUUUCCAGGUGGAGGGACUAUGUUUCCUCAAGGAGCAGAUGCAUAUAUUGAUGAACUUGCAUCAGUUAUUCCAAUUGCUGAUGGGUCUGUCAGAACAGCACUGGACACUGGUUGUGGGGUUGCAAGCUGGGGAGCCUACUUGCUAAAGAGAAAUGUGCUGGCUAUGUCCUUUGCCCCAAAGGACAAUCAUGAAGCACAAGUUCAGUUUGCUCUAGAACGAGGGGUACCUGCUGUUAUUGGUGUCCUUGGCUCCAUCCGCCUUCCAUACCCAUCAAGAGCCUUUGAUAUGGCCCAGUGUUCUAGAUGUCUAAUUCCUUGGACUUCAAAUGAGGGCAUGUAUCUAAUGGAAGUUGAUCGAGUCUUAAGACCAGGUGGAUACUGGAUUUUGUCCGGCCCUCCAAUUAAUUGGAAAACAUACUAUCAAACAUGGAAGCGAUCCAAGGAAGAUUUGAAGGCAGAACAGACAAAAAUUGAGGAGUUAGCUGAAAGUCUUUGUUGGGAAAAGAAGUAUGAAAAGGGUGAUAUUGCUAUUUGGAGAAAGAAAACAAAUGCUGAAUCCUGCAAAAAAAAGUCUUCCAAUUUGUGUGAUUUAGAUAAUGCUGAUGAUGUGUGGUACCAAAAAAUGGAGCUCUGUAAAACCCCUUUACCUGCGGUAACCAACAAAAAUGAAGUUGCUGGAGGGGAAUUAAAGAAGUUUCCCGCCAGGCUUUUUGCAGUCCCUCCACGAAUAGCCCAGGGCAAUGUUCCAGGGGUUACAGCUGAAUCUUAUCAAGAGGACAACAAAUUAUGGAAAAAGCAUGUUAAUGCUUACAAAAGAAUUAAUCAAUUGAUUGGCACUAAUAGAUAUCGGAAUUUGAUGGACAUGAAUGCAGGCCUUGGAGGAUUUGCAGCUGCACUUGAAUCGCAGAAGUCUUGGGUGAUGAAUGUUGUGCCCACAAUUGCUGAGAACACUUUGGGUGUUGUCUAUGAGAGAGGUUUGAUUGGCAUUUAUCAUGACUGGUGUGAAGGCUUUUCUACAUAUCCAAGGACAUACGAUCUUAUUCAUGCCAAUGGUUUAUUUAGCUUGUACAAGGACAAAUGCAACGUAGAAGACAUCCUGCUAGAGAUGGAUCGCAUCCUAAGGCCUGAAGGAGCAAUCAUCAUCCGGGACGAAGUUGAUGUCCUUAACAAGAUUAAGAAGAUUGUUGGAGGAAUGAGAUGGUCUGCCAAAAUGAUGGAUCAUGAGGAUGGUCCACUUGUGCCUGAGAAGAUUUUGGUUGCAGUGAAAGAGUAUUGGGUUGCCACCACCCAAAAAAACUCAUCCAAUCAGGAAUAA